AAAUUGUCUCUCGCUUGAAAAGUAUUCAAUUACUUUAAAAUGAAAUUACUAAUAUUAUCACUUUUAUUUUUGGCUGUAUUUUUCGGUGUGCCUGGCUGCAUCAGUGCAAAUAAGCCAAAAUUACCUCUUCUAUUCAUUGGUGAACAGAGUAUUUCUAAAGCUAGAAAUUUGGAAUCAAAUUACAGUUUAUCAAACAUUAAAAUUAGCAACUCCAAUUAUUUACGUAUAGACGAAUCUUUCAAGUACAAUGAAGACUUCACUUAUGAUUGUGCAAAAAAUAAUUUGUAUAUUUUAAAAUCAAUAGACAAUACAGUUGCAAAACGAGUGCUCGAUGUAUUACACUAUAAUAAAAAAGGAAAAUUAUUGAUAAUUAAUUCAGUCCCAGAGAUGUUUGAUAAUGCAACAUCAAUUUCAAUAGAUUGGAAAAAAGGCAAAAUAUAUUGGGUUGUACGUAAUCGAUCAUACUUUUCAAUAAAAGUCACUGAUAGGACAUUUAAAAAUUCAAAUUAUGUUAUUCUUCCUGAGCAAACUUAUAUCAAAAAAAUUCAAGUUUAUCCAAAGCAAAAACAAAUAUUUUUUUCAAAUGGUACUCAUAUUUUUUAUACUUCUAAUUCACCCAAUAGUACUGCAAAAUUACUAUUUGAUUCAUCAGUAAAAUUAGAAGGUUUAGAAAAUUUUGUCAUUGAUUAUGCAACUGAUAAAUUGUGCUGGAUUGCUGAUUUAAAAUCCUGGGAUGCAUUAAGAUGUGUUGAUAUCAGUCGUUUGAGUCAACCUUUAAACUCAGAAGACAUAGUCAUUGUAGAAGAAGAUCUUCUUCUCCGCAAUACAGAUUUAGUAGCUUAUAAUAAUACAUUUUAUUGGACUGAAAUCUAUUUGGAAAAUUCAUUGAGACUGUUUACUAAAAAAAAUAAUGAAAGUUAUGCUGAUGUAACUGUUUUACCAGAAGAAAAAAGAUUAUUAUUUAUUUAUCCAAAUUGUCCAGCAACUGCUGCUAAAAACAACUAA